AUGAAUGCUAUGGAUCUAAAGGGUCUAUUGGGUCGCCAUUGCAUUGCAUUGCCUUUUGCGGCACUUCUCUCAACCAAAGGACACACCGUUUGGUUCACUCAUAAAGCGGUCAUUCAUUGGAUUGGCAUUCAAUUGACACUCAUAUGUGAGCACAACGUAUGUAUUGACACACAUGUGGUGUCCGUCUAUACUGUGAACGUAGACAUCGGCCGCACAGACAACACGACUCUCACUGACAAUGACGUCAAGGGGAAGACCGACUCCAACAAGAAGAGCGACAACAAGAAGGGCAUCGACGAGAAGAAGAAGAAGCGCUCGGAGGACGAGUCGAAACCGCGUGGCUUUGACCGCAACUUAGAACCCGAGAAGAUAAUCGGAGCCACCGAUGCCUCCGGAGAACUCAUGUUUUUAAUAAAAUGGAAAGACUCGGAAGAAGCGGAUUUGGUUCCGGCGAAGUUGGCUAAUGUGAAGUGUCCUCAGGUUGUGAUAAAGUUUUACGAGGAGAGGCUGACCUGGCAUUCCAGUGCCGAAGAUGGCACUGACAACAAGGAUAAAGCCGACUGAACCACUAGAAGCAUAUUUGACUCUCAUUUAACUUUUUUGACAUAUUUUUUAACCAAUCAUUAGUUUUUUGUUCAAAUCAUCUCUCAAAUGAAACCCAAUAUUAUUAUUACUAUUAUUAGAAUUCAAUGAAUGAAAAAGUUUAAGAAAAUUGUCUCAAAUUCAAUUGUAUUUAAUUCUUAUGGUAUUUUGUGUUUUUAAUAAAGAUCAUUUUUCUUGAAUUUAAAAA